UAAUAACAAAAAGCGCAGAGUACUUGUCUGUAUGUAUUGGUUGAACUCGGCAUUAUCAGUGUUUCGCAAAAGUUGAAGUGUCGUUGUGUGUUACAAACAGAAAAGCAAAUCUGUGGAAAUUGCAAUUAUUCAGCAAGUGGUAAUUAAAUUAGUUGCAACCAGAAGUUCAGUGGAAUYUGCUGUGAGAGCUGUUAGCGCUGGAAUACAACCGAAAAUACACAACUGAAGUAUAUGAACAUUUCCCCACUCAGAAAAAUUGAAUUAACAAAUAAUGGUUCAAUACAUGAUUUGAGGUUCGAAGGUUGCCAGCUCUUUGAAAUUUAUUUCGUACAGAAGAUACAAACACAUUUGACGAUAAAUUCUGCGCCGUAAUUGAUCGAGCUUCGCAUAAAUCUCCUCCCAAAACGAAAAAGCAUAAGAAUAAUCGAAAGUAAGGAAAGCAAGAAAUGCGACCAAAAGUAACUAAACAUUAAACGCAAGCGAAAGCGAAAGAGAGCACAUAUAAUUGUAAUAAAAAUAAGCGCGCGUACUAAGUCUCUCCGCGUUCCAGCAACUAGCAAUUUCCGCUUUAUGUGUAUCCAGUUUGCUUUGUGCUUUUUUAUCGCACAGAAGUAAUCUGCGCUCUCCAUCUCUGUUUCUCCAACACACACACUUACUCUCUAAACGUCUAUUGCACCGACCGAUCGCCCGAGCCGCCUCAAGCCCUUACUCACAAAUUCGUUUCCAUUUCGACUAGUUGCUGCUGUGCGCCACACCCUCACCCCACGCUGGGAUGGCCGCACAGCGCCCCCAUGUUAACCAAAAUGGCGGAAAUAGUUUGGACGAUGCCAGAGCAAAGCGGAACGAAAAUUUACGAAAACUUUUUCAAACGAGCAAAAAAGCAACGAGCACGGCAAAGCUGCAACGUGGACAGAGCGAAGAUGGAGCUGGGCAAUUCUACUAUAACUACAACAACAACAAGACAGUGCCUAAAACAAACGGCGAUGCGAAUACAGUUAACUUUCCGUAUGAUGAUGACGACGCUGUGCGCUUACAAAAGAAUGAAGUUGCUGACAGCGGCGCGACGGCUUCAGGUUUCGACCAGGCUACGGGCAGGUGGACUCAAGGAAGUGGACAAAUUGCCGAUGACACUGCUGCUGCCAACACUGAUUACAACAACGCCAAUGCGACGGUGAGACGCAGUAAGAGUCGCUUACGACGGUGGAGUGUGAGGAGCAACAGCGUGUCGGGGGAAUGGCGCCUGGGAGCGAGUCCCUCAGUGGCCAAGCGACAAUUGAGUAAAAGUGUUGUGGACACAAAUCAAUUGGCAGUGUCAAGCAAUCAAUCGCGAUUGAAACAAAGCGUGCAAGACAUGAACAGCCAUUACAACAAAAACUACAGCUAUUAUUAUAACAACAACGAUGUUGCGGCAAUGGAAAGCAACGAAAGUCAAAAAAGCAGCGACUACAAUGCGCUCUACGAGCUCGGUAGCAACGAUGCCACUGGGGAUUGUCUUAGUCGCGACGAUGCUGACAUUGAAAGGGACGAAACGAACGCAGUGGGAACUGACACAAAGGCAAACACAGUCUUUGACCAGACCGUUGAUGACGAUAUCACAGCAGAUGUUGCUGCACAAAAGGAGGGGCGGUGGAGCAGUGCUUACUUGUAUGACACAGGAAAUCAAGUCACUGACCGACAGCACACGCCAGCACCGAACCCCUGGUCAGCAGCUCCUUUGAGUGCACACAAAAAUCGGCAGCAACAACAACAACAACAGGCGCAAUUACACACAACUGAGUUGCCUGAAAUGAAGCGAGUGAAUUUAGUCACAAUGACUGGGAGUCGAGCGCCCAGCUCUACCAACCGCAAUAGUACGGCAUUCGCUUCACAUGUCAGCGCGACAGCAAGCGAGCUGGAAAACUGUGUCACACAGCAUACAACCCUAAAUUGCAUUGCAGUGGUAGGUGGCAGCUAUGCACGCAACAAUGUGAGUCCCCGCACUCCACAUGUGGGCGGCUUCGACGUGCCUUAUGAAGCCUCUACUAUGUGUGCCACACUGCAGUCCAGACAAGAGUUGCCGCAAAGCACCAAUGAGAGGACGUCAACAGCAGCUGCACCGCAAAGCUCACCGCACUUGCAACUGCAGUCAAGGCGAGCGGAAGCGGGAAGUCCUACGAAUAAUGCCAGCCAGGUUUCGGCGCUCUUCAAAACGCCGCUUGUGAAGCGUGCACGUGGACACAGCGUGGACCGCUUCGGUACGGACAUCGCAUACGCCGCAAAUGCCCAGUGGAUGUCUGAACGGGAUAUCAGCAGGAAAAUUACUACCAAAUUUGGAAAAGUUAUGACAGCGCCAGCCACGUCUGCUAAACCACAAGCGACGGUGUCAAUGGCAGGCGAAAUGCUACAAGGCAACAACAGCAAUGCUGCGCCUGACGAAUUGCGGUGGCAGCGGCUAGGGCAAAAAGAAAUUACGGGCAUUACUACGCCACGGCAGCAGUGGCUCGGCGACGGCGGCCGUAAUUACUGCCCCGCUGCUCAGGCUGCUGAGCUGGCACAUCAAAGCACUGCAGACGCAGCAGCCUUGUCAAGCUUAAGCUUAAGAGCCUACAACAGCAACAACAAUCUCUCGAAAUACGGUUUCACAGCAACGCUAGGCAGCGCAGACUGGUCAACCACACAGGCAUCGCUAGCGGAGCGUUUAAACAGAUUUCGACACAAGCAACAGCAACAACAACAACAGCAACAAGUGAGCGCUGGGUCGAUCGAAGGCGAAUUAUCAACGCCAGACGACUAUUACAAGCAUUACAGUGCCGCAAGUGAUUCCAAUGGGCACAACAACAAUCAGCAUUUCAACAACAACAGUGCAGCUAGUAGUGCCAAUAAACCAACGGUACUCGAGCGCAGUGAAUUAAUACCCACUGCGGACACAUACACUUCAGCCACAGAACAACAGUGUUCAUCAUUGCUCCAAGCGAGAGUCGUUAAUAGCAAGAACAACAACAAUAACGUUGGACAACAUCAUUAUAAGUUAAGUCAACAAAGUGCGGAUGUUGCAACAUUUGAUGCAACUGAGUCAUCUUCCACUCCACUAGCUUGUUACACGAAGCCGGUCAAACGGAGGCGUGUAUUAGUGCGCAAGCGCAACAACACCGACGAACAAGCGAAUUCUACAACAACUACCUCAAUCAAGUCGCCCGAAGUAACAACAGCUGGCCGUGUAACGGCUGAAAGACAACAACGGACAGCAGCGGCAACAACACAAAUUUGGUUUCUUUCAUUUUUCCACAGCAUUGGCCUAGGCAGCUUUGCCGAGCAUGUUGCCGUGCAGUUAGGCGUAUGCCGCAACAAAAGUAGCAGCUUCAGCAACGAAACGUUGCAUACAAGUAGGCGUUCAACGGCGACGCCUCACACAAUUCCCGUCGAGAACAUUCCAAAGCGACGCUCAUUCGACGUAAUGGGUCUUCUACGCAGCAUGAAGCUUAAAGACCGCCUCGCCAUUAGUCUGGGUGCAACCCUGAUACUGCUGACGCUGCUGUUGGUGGUCGAUGUGCAGAUGGAUUUUGGUGUUACAAAUCGGCAUUUAUUACAGCAGCAGUCACGUGUGCGUUAUGUAAAUGAAAAUGAUGGCGGUGACACUGGUGGCACUGGUGCCUUCAGAGACUUCAAACGAAAAUUCCUGCAAAAGAGCAAUUCAUCCGGUUCAAAGGAGACAGCCACGCCGACAACCACACAAUCGCGCCCUGCAGGCACUGCGGCAGGUGGCAGUUCGGCUGAUGUGGCGGCGGCGGCGGGUGCCGGUGCAAACGGUGUACAACAGGAUGCAGCAGCUAGGGAAGAUAUGUUGGCGAUACAGAAAUUGGAGCGGGAACCUCAUGAUCCCUUUGACGAUUUGUUCCGACUGCUGAUGGGCCUGGACAAGACCGACUAUUCGCACGUGUUGAUCGAUGAUGAUGGGUCUGUGAUAACGGAAAAUCCAACUAUCGCUGAAAUGACGGGCCUGAAACCAAGCAAAAAUGCAACAAAUUUGGAACGUUUCCAGUGGCACAUAUCUAAGCGUGAACUCUACAAGGAGAACGACACGAUUGUGGACGAAGUGAUACAUGAUAUGAUCAAGUUGCCGGUGCAGCAUGUCGUGCAAAAGGAGGGCGGCACGCAGUUGAAAUUGAUUAUAGAAUUUCCCAGCGAUAUCAAAGCACUGAUGAAGCCAAUGAGAUUUCCCCGCGAACAGCAAACUCUGCCGAACCACUUCUAUUUCACGGACUAUGAGCGCCACAAUGCAGAAAUCGCUGCUUUUCAUUUGGAUCGAAUUUUGGGGUUUCGUCGCGCCAUGCCCGUCACCGGUCGCCUACUGAACAUUACAACGGAAAUUUAUCAAGUCGCCGACGACAAUUUAUUACGGACCUUCUUCGUCUCGCCCUCGUCGAACUUGUGCUUUCACGGCAAGUGCUCCUACUACUGUGACACCGGGCAUGCCGUUUGCGGUAACCCCGACAUGUUGGAGGGUUCAUUUGCCGCCUUCCUGCCCAGUUUCGAGCAGACAGGACGAAAGGUUUGGCGGCAUCCUUGGCGUCGYUCGUACCAUAAACGCAGGAAGGCUCAGUGGGAGACAGAUUCCAAUUACUGCUCCAUUGUUCGCGAGAUACCACCAUAUGAUGAAGGCCGACGCUUACUGGAUCUAAUGGAUAUGGCUAUAUUUGACUUCCUAACCGGAAAUAUGGACAGACAUCAUUAUGAAACCUUUAAAAUAUUUGGCAAUGACACAUUCACAUUGCAUUUGGAUCAUGGACGUGGUUUUGGUAAACCCUUUCACGAUGAAUUAACAAUUUUGGCGCCAUUACUGCAGUGUUGCAUGAUACGGACGACGACGUUGAAACGAAUAUUGGACUUCCAUAAUGGACCCAAACCACUGUCGGAGCUGAUGCGCGAGUCCAUGUCCGUCGAUCCGAUUCGACCGAUACUGUGGGAGCCGCACCUGAAGGCGCUGGACCGCCGUGUCACCAUCAUACUGAGCGGCAUACGCGAUUGCGUGAAGAAGAAUCCACCAGAGGAGGCGCUCGAAUCCGAGGAUCUACUGUCAUAGCAAUUACAGCARCAAGGGCGAAUAAAGAUACAGGAGGGCAAGUUUAAGUUCCUGAUUCGCCCCAAAGUGCGCCAUACGAAAAUGACAGUUUAGCAUUAGAACCUAGGAUACUUAAUGUUGUAGUAAAGUAAGAGCAAAGUCGAAUUGGGCARCAAUGUGCGGCUAGCCGGCAUUUGUCUGCUGGACGUGUGUGACUAUACGACUUUUUUGUUAGUGGUUGACUAGUUGAAUUUACAUAUACUUGUAUAACAAAGCAUUAAAACUAAAGAAAACUGCGCGGCGCAACGCUGAAAAUGGCGUUGUGUGGCGAGUUCAAGGCUGGGCGGGAGUGCGUUGAGGCGGCAGCGUCUUUGAAAAAGGCACAACGCGCCCAACAAUCAGCCUUUGCCAAACACGAAUUAAUUGAAGACAAAUAAUUUGUAGGCUUAAAGUGAUAACAAACAUAAUUUAAAACUAUAAAAGUUAUUAACAAAUUCAAAAUGUAUAAACUAAGUAAAUAAGUUCGUAGCUAAAGCAUAAUUAUAGGCGGGAGAUUUGCAGUCGGCACCACGGAAUUUUGUGCUGGUUGAAUUUUUAUGAGCAUCUUAGCGCAAAUUGAAUAUGUACCUUUCAUAACUAACUUAAUAUGAAUAUUAUUUACUAAACAAAAGAAGCGUUGAUCUGAGCAAGAGUAGCAAUUGGCAGCUGAAAGUUCGUUUGUAGGCGAGAGCAAAGAAUAGUUGGAAAAAAGGAAAGAACGUAAAACGAAAGUUACACAAAUUGUUAAAAAAGCAAAAAAAGAAAACAAAAAAAUAAAAAAUAAAAACAACUAACACUUUGAAGUACAGCUGGUGCCAAAGUGCGUGGUUCUGUGCAAUUCGUCUGAAGCCACCUUGAAGUGGACGAAGUUCAGCAGUGGGAUUUAACGGUGUUCGCGUUGCGCUGCUAACUCCAGCGCGAAAACUAAAUAAAAA